AUGAAUAGUAAUAAUAGUAAUAAUAAUAGUUUAUUUAAAGGUUUGGUGUUUAUGACACUUGGUAAAACAAGUGUACCAAGUUAUCAGCUAACAGAUUUGAUCAAAUCGAAAUCGGGUGACACCAGCUUCACUCUGACUUCAAAGGUUAAUUAUGUUUUGACAAAUUCAGUCGAUUCAAUUGUUGCUUCGAAAUUAAAGCAAAUACAACAACUCUCCAUUCCUAUUUUGAAUGAUUCAUUUGUUAUCGAGUGUUGUAAAACCAAUUCGUUAAUUAAUAUAUCAUCAUAUCAGUUGAAUUCAGUACAACAACAACAAUCAACAUCUUUAACAUCUUUAUCAGUUUCAAUAAGCGAAAAGAAAAAUGAAUGUUUAACUUCUUCUUCUUCUUCUUCCAAUUUGAGUUACAAUAAUGAUUAUAAGAUCAUACCAGAUGUAUUACAUAUUCAAGGUAUUAACAUCUAUAAUGAAAAAGAUAAACAACCAAGUUUUACAAAUGAGUUCAAUAUUCUUACAAGUCAUCUGUUACAGAAUACAUCAUUGGUUAACCGUAACAAUGUUAAUAAGUUCUUCUACUUGGAGUUGCAAUUUGAUAAAGAUCAAUCAAUUACCAGACCAUAUAGAAUCUAUACUCAAUUUGGUAGAACAGACAAGUUAGAUCAAUCUACUAAACAACAUAGAUACUUUGAAACCAAAGAAGAGGCUAUGAGAGUAUAUUCCUCAAUCUAUAAUGUAAAGACAUCGGAAGAGAAUGGAUAUCAGUUGGUCAAUGUUGUAGAAUCCAAUAUUGGUUCCGAUCGAAAGCUAGCCUUAAGUAAUACAAAGAAUAGUGUUGCAACUCAUUUCGAUGAAGACAUUGAAAACAAUACAUUGCGAACCUACAUUUCGAAGGAUGUCUCCAAUUUGGUUGAAAGAAUCUACUCAGAGGCAUCAAAAUCACUCUCAAAGAGUAACUACUCUGUUCAUAUCACCAAACAAGGUUUGUCAACUGCUCUCGGUGUUCUCACUCUAAAGCAAUUGGAAUCGGGUGCUGCCAUCCUAAAAUCAAUCAACGAGCUACUCUUCCAAAACAAUGGAAAGAUCAUUCCAGACUCUAGUGACUACAAACGACUUGAAGAUUUAUGCUCCAACUACUACUCGAUCGUUCCAACCAAGAUUGGAAAUAAAGCAUCCGAUAAAUCAAAAGCAAUCAUCACCACCUAUGAAAGUCAUGACGAACACGAGGAGAUGUUACAGUUGAUGAUCGAUCUUUCCAAGGUUGGUAGCCAAAACAAUCAAGACUUUGUAUCGUCUUCUGUUUCAGACAUGCGUUACAAUGCACUGAACGCUACAAUUCACCAUCUACACGCAGACUCGAGCGAGUACAACAUGGUGCUUCGUUCUAUGAUCCAUCUAACCCCAAAACAGGAUUCAAUCCAGGUUGUCAAUAUCUACCGAGUGCAACGUGACGCUGAUGAGCAAUCGUUCAAAGCCUACCAAGAUCUCGAAUCCAUUGGAAAUGAACAAUUCCUAUUUCAUGCAACCAAGUCAUCCAAUUUACUCGGUGUUCUAAGUCGUGGCUUGCAAUUGCCAGACGUCGUAGUCAAACGUGGAUUCUCAAAGAGAACAGACCGUGGAUUCUUGGGUCAUGGAAUUUACUUUUCAAAGACACUGGAAGGAUCACUAAACUAUACUUGUCCAUACAGCGGUAGUUCUACUCGAUCAAUAUUCAUUGCAUCAGUUGCACUAGGUAAAUCGAGCAUACAAACUAAAAUCGAUCCACACAUUUCUCAGGCACCAAAAGGUUUCAACUCUUGUCAUGGUGUACCAAAGUCUUCAACCAACGCAGAUUCACCAUUCACCCACGAUGAAUACGUAAUCUAUAAUAGAUCUCAACAAAAGUUAUCAUAUUUAGUUGAAUUCAAUUAUAAAUAUUAA